GUUAAAUGUAGUGUUGUUGCGGUGUUUGCGGCUGUCAUGAGUUGUCGUUUAAACUGGGGUUUACUCGUGUUUAAAUGUCUCUUUAGAGUGAGACUGAAGUAUCUCCUCUAAGUCUCCGUGGAUAAAGGUCGUCGUCCUCUAACACCCUGGCUCUUCCUUGUGUCAAUGGCUGUUACCUCCCCAAACAAGAGACUGAAUUCAUCCAUACAGUCCUCGAGGAGCUGGAUGAGUUUCAACAGAGAAAUGAGCAAAAAAGCAUUCUACUCUUCCCACCUGUCCCGAGCCGACUUCGCUUCCUGAUUCACCAAACCUGCGCGAAUCAUCCCAACCUCAGCACCUUCUCCGUGGGCGAGGGCUGCGCACGCAGAGUUGUAGUGUGCUGUUCAGACCUCAGGUUGCCAGAAGAAGACCAGAGAGAUGUGGAGGGCAGUUCCCAUGGGCGAGCACGCAGUCGGGACAGAGUCAUGGAGAACAACAGCAGCACACGCUCACUGGAGCCCAGCUUCAACAGCAGACAGAGAGCCAGACGGCCAGAAAAGGCUAUUUACGUUCCGCGUGCUAUGAGACAUAAGAUAGUUCUGGAACAUCCAAAUCUUAAGGAAUCAUCUGUGGAAUCCUGCUCUGACGUUACUAAGGAACCUCUUGUAGCCAAUCAGAAGCCAGAGGUGGACAGCACUGGACAGGCACUGGGCGAUGAGGAGUUUGUGCAGCUUUCAAGGUCUGGUCCGUCACCGUGGCCUCCAGCCUGGGACCAGACUGUGUCUUUCUUCACCUCUUUGACGUUAGAUGACGAAACAGAUGAAAAAUGUGCCAACAACACGUUCCUUCCCACUGAUGCCACACUCCAGCAGCAGGACGUUGAUGAAAGUUUGCUCUCUGAGAUCAAAGCCAAACUCAAACAUGGGGACAUCACCAUACUCAACACCUGCAGUGAUUUCCCCGCCUAUGCAAACAUCUGGCUUGACCCGCAGGAGUUCGGCCACAUCAUCGAGAUCUACAGCUUUCCUGCCAUGUUUAAAACAGAUGAUCUCCUUGAUGCCUUUGCUGACUAUAGUGAAGGGGGGAUGAAGAUCAAGUGGGUGGAUAACACUCAUGCUCUCGGUGUAUUUUCAAGUCAGUUGGCAGCUACACAGGCACUCUCCAUUAAACAUCCCAUACUGAAGACCCGCGCACUGCUGGAGGGGAGCCAGAAAGCAAAGUGGAAAGCGGCCAGACGUGCAGAGUUCAUUCAGCCGGUGAAGGAAAGGCCGCGUACGGACACAGUGGUGGCUCGCAGGAUGGUGACCAGAGCGCUGGGCUUGAGGGGGAGACGCUUUGAAAUGAAUAAAUAAAGUUCCUCAUCACAGUCAGACAGUCUUUCACUUCAGUUAAUACUACACCGGGAAAAUGACAAUAACUACUACACCACCCAGACUUGGUAUGAAGACGCUGUAAAGCUUUAUUUUAGCUGCAGAGGAAGUGGAAAUUCUCCAGCACAUGAAAUAUAUGUGGUCUCCCAAGUUUCCAGUUUUAAUUUGUUGAGUUCUGUACUGUUUUAGGAAACAAGCCAAUAGUAUGUUAAGUGAGCAUGUGAUUAUUUCCUGGGUGAGUUUUGUUCUUUUGUCUUUAGCAGGAAACAGCCUUGCUGCUUUUCUCCUGCUCUGUUUCUCCAUACUAACAAGCCCAGCAUUUGGUCCAGCCAUGAUAAAAGAGAUCCUUUUUAUCAACUUAAAUCUUUUUUUAAUACAGAUAAGCUCUUUUGCUCAUUGGAUUUCCUGAAAAUGGGUCAUCCAGGACCAUAACAUUGAAUCUAAGGAUUAAAUGAACUAGACCGUGUGUUUGACUUUGCAUCAUAGGAAGUUCUUGUUGUUUCUCAGUUGCAUUCAUGUCUUCAUGUUCAGCUUGUUUCAUUUGAGAUGGGAAUGGAGCCUAAAUUAUAUUUUUGGCAUACUAUAUAUUUGUAUUGUUUAAAAUACGGUAGUAUUAUUGGCAUGCUAAAUAUGAAUAAUUCUGUUUUUACAUGAUUGAUUUGUUUUCUAGUUAUUCUAUUUGACUUAUUUGUCUGAGUUGAUUUGUUUCAAAAAAACACUCAUACUUAUUUCUGCUCUGAUGUUUUAAAAUUGUU